AUGGCUAGGUUUCUGUUCUUAUCCAGUAGUUUGGUGGCAGUUUUGAUCGGUAUGGUAUUUGAGCAUCGAUUGGAAGGUUCCAAAACCGUUGAAGUUUUGAGAAGCGACUCGUGUUGGAACGGAACAUUUUUGAUGAGAUGA